GGUCUUAUAAACGUUUCCUGAUCAUUUCAUCUGCAGCUGAUAUCCAGAAGACACAGGAAACAUGGAGCAGAGACGCCCCUAAAGAAAGAGUCUACAGAUGGAGGAGGCAGCAGGAAGGGCUCCUGGAUCCCAGCGGGAAGCCAAGGAGAGGGAGGGUGAUGCAACCAAAAGAUCCCGGAGAAGAAAUAAGGAACAAGGACCGAGCCGGAGAGUUCAGGACAAAGAGAAGAAGAAAAAGAGAAAUCCAAGAAAGAGAAAGCACAACUCAAACGCAGGAGCAGCUGCCAGGAGUGAAAACGCAGAAGAAGAAGACAAGAUGGAGGCUGUGACGACGACAAGCAGCCAGACUCCAGAGGAUGUUCCUGGAGAAACGCUUCACGUGGAUCCUCCAGCUGAAGAGGACGAGCAGAAACCAGAGAAUCAACCGAGGAGCAAAGAAGUGAGGACGGUGCCAGUUGAGACUCAAACAAUGACACCAAAAGGUUCAGACAAGGUCACGCAGACUCCGGUUGUUGUUCAGAUGGACAAGGAAACACAGACAGACUCAGCUGCUCCCGAACAAGACGACACAAUCAAUGCAAAGACUCGACCUGGGUCUGACGGUGCAGAGACAAGACGAGACAAAAACUCACCUGAACCGACGGUGCCGGACAACGACGCUGCUCAGACUCGUCGAGAUUCGUUAACGAAACGUGAAAAUCCAGACAACAAAGCCUCAGCAGCGUCCGAUUCAGCAAAGGAACAAAACCCUGCGAAGGAGGAGAGUCCUUCUGCAGGAGUCUCCAGCCAAGAAACACACUCACAACCUCCAACAAGACCGACAUCGUACGCCGGAGCUGUGUCUGGAGACGGGAAGAGGGAGAAACCAUCCAAAUCGGCUGCUGACAAAACCACAGAUAAAACCUCCAGAAGGUCCCAGAGCUCACGUGAUUCCAGCCCAGUGAGAGCGCCACCUGGAGUCUCCAUGUUCACCUUUCAUGUCUAUGCUGUGCUGGACAAAAAGUUUAGAUUCAACCAAGAGCUAGACAAGCUGGUUCUGUUUCAGUCUUCAGGAUAUUAUCCUCUCACAGUGACGCACUUUGUUGGAGUAAGACAGGGAGGCUAUCUGGUCGAAGCGACUCUUUCGGUUGAGGAGAGCAUUCUGCAGAGAGGAAUCUUCCUGUGGUAUGCAUAUGGUGUCCUGCAAAGACAAAAAGAGAUAAUGGAAGACGCCAUAAGAGAAGUUUUUAUUCCUCGAGACUCCAACAUUAAAGAGCUGCACCUUUACGAAGGCCUAAUUAGUCUUCGUGAGGGGCAAGGCUUUUGGAACAUCUUCAGGAGAUCGAAAAGUGAGGAGGUUUCAGACGCCUGGCUGGCCUCCGCCAAACUGCUGCUGAACAGAAUCUUCCAGAACUGGUCUCCGUCAGACAGACUGAGCACCAACAGCCUGUGUGACCACUUGAAGCAUUUUACGACGAGUCUCGGUUAUGCCAAUUCUAGAGUGAAAUUCAGCGACAGUUCACAACCCACCAUGAUCCAGACCUCAGAGAUGAUUUCAGAGAUGUUGGUUCAGAUCUUGAAAAGAGAGGAGUUGCCAGGAAGCUGCGGCGGCACCAGUCCUCUGGUUCUGGGCCUGUCGGUUUUCACUGUGACCAGAAGCUGUCGUAUCGAACUCGGAGUGAAAUGUUGGGAGGAGCUGUGUGUCCUAGUGUCUUCAGAACCGGCGAUGGAGAAGACAAACCUGGACGGGCUGCUCGCAUCUUUCCCAAACCUACUGCAUUCUGUUAAAUCUGAUAAAAUCACUGCUCUCAGCUCCUGGCAGGUCGGAGCUCGUCUCCUGCCAUUCCUCUGCCUUCAGGCUCAGACAGUCGGAGCUGCCGUGAUUCAAAGUGGUCCAACCAGCCGAGGAAGAGUACCAGUCGGGACUGAGGGCUGGGUUUCAAGUGCAGAAACUGGAGAGGUGUCCAGUCCACCGGGACAAAAGAAGAACACUCCAAAAUUAAAUCAUAUUCUGCUAAUGGUCGACAAAGAGAAGCGACAGCUGCAGCUCUCGGAGAAGCUAGCCGCGCAGCAGCAAAUCAAUGAGUGGCGAGAGGAGCUGCUGCAAAAAGGCCUAGUGGGGCCGACUAAAGCUCUCAGCUACCCGAAGGAAAUUGAGCUGUGGGACACACUCUUCAAAGUGGAAUGCUCUAUUGAAGAGGUUUCCUCCCGAUGGACUCAGAGCCUGAGAAAAGAGCUGAGGAAAAGGAUUUCCAUGGCAAGUGAUGAUGCUAAAGUUCUGCUGUGCUGCGUUGAGCCAACGGCGUCAGCUGUGAGGAGCAGCCACAUUGGGAUGCACAGAAUGGUGAGCGAUGAGCUGUGUCAGUCUGCGAUCAAGACAAUCUGCCAGCGAGGCCAUGCCGGAGACCUGAUGCGUAGUCUCAGUUCCAAGGUGAAGGACAUUCCGAUUGUCAUCCUGUCUUGCUUUCGAUCUCUGGUGGAGUCUGCUGCUUCAAGGACAUGUGGAUGGCUGGGACACCUGCAGACUCAAGUCGCAGUGUGUCAGAGGCAGUUUAAGAAACUCUACCUGCAGUACAAGAAAAUAACACAGCUGGAAGCUGCUCUGGUUGAUGCAGGAAAUGUCCCAGCUCAGAGAGAGAAGGAUUUGAACUCUUUCAUGCAGAAACAGCAGAUGGACACACUGAUAAAGAUGAUAGCAAAGGUUAAAGAAAGCAUCAUGCAGUUCGAGAUGUCGACGGAGGGAGCAGCACGACCGAAACACCGGAACAAACUGCGCCAUCUUUGUGCCUCUUGAUGCUGAAGGACUGUGAAGAAGACGGGUCCUCCCCAGGUCCUUGUUCACAUCAGUCUGAAUGUGUUGAAAAUGAGCCACGAGAUGCACAAACUGCAUCAGAGCAACCUGAUCCUCCCUGCAUGGCUGCGCCCUUAGCUUGGAGAGGCCACCCUCCUCAUUCUAAGCAGCCUUCCCACACAGGUCUGUGAACACAUCUGGAAUCCGCUGCUGACCGAGUUCCUGCAGCUUGGCGUCAGCAUAGUGCGUGCUAACGUCACGCUCAAGCAGCUUGAUCAGGUUUUGGUGGAGUCUGGCGACCAGGGAGACGGGAGGCUAAUGAAGAAGGAGCUGAGUCUGAUGUCAGAGAUGUUGUGUGAACUCAGACAGUUCCAACCUGCAGAGAACUGGGUGGAGAUGAGGCUCGCUCAGAUCCGGGAGUAUUCCCAGCUCCACGAGGCAGCGGUCGCAGCCAGUGCGAUGCUGAAAAUUGCUGAAAAAAUGAAGCUUUCUGGAAACUUUGCACAAAUUCACACCCUCAGCCAGCUGGAAGAAGACGCCUUUAAGCAGAGGCCUCUGGCAUCUCUUACUGACGACCUGUUUCGUGCCAAACAGCAGCUCGCCACAGUCACCAAGCAGAACACUCUCUGUCUGGAGGAGUUUCUUGCGAGCCAGACGCUGGUCACCUGGGUCCAAACAAACCUCAAAAAUAUGAGCGAUGUGAAGGUUUACGUGGAGUUGGCUUCCAUAUCUGCUGGAGAGAACGACACCGAGAUCGACCAGGUGGCCUGUUUCCACGAUGCAGUGAUGGGCUACGCACCUCUGCUCUUCUACCUUCAGGCCGGUUUUGACGAGUUCAUGAAGCGUGCUCAGCUGGUGUGGGACACCCAGAGUAGAGAUGAGAAGCUACCGGACAAAUUGAGAGAAUCUACUCGAUUGCUGAAGAGGGCCGCUACCAGCGACAGAGAGGAGAAGAGCUACAAGCUGGAGGAGCUGCUGGAGCUGCAGAACAAACUGAUGCUCAAGUGUCGUUUGUGUUGAGAGCACGGGCAGAGAACAGGUCAACCGUUCACAGAGGUUUUUGAAGGCUGCUCAGAGACCGGCACCAUCCUCUCCAGAUGCAAACAUCUGUAAGGGCUCAUGCUCUUCAGAGAAUGGCGUGCUGAGGUCCAGUGCUGUCCACAGCAGCAGCCAGGCAUCACUGUCACCUUCCUUGCCCUUAUUGCAAAAUAUAAACCUGGAAGAGCCGAGACUGAGCAGCCACAGACACUGGCUCACUCUAUGGACAGCUGUCAAAAAGAAUGCUGCUCCUUUAAUCUGGGCGACAGGCGCUCAAAGUUCAGCUUGCUGAACCACUACACGUCAGAGCAGAUGGUGUACCUGUGCUACUGGAUACACAAAGUGUGUCAGCAGCGGGCGGCAGUUCCUCAACAACUGUGGAAUUUACUUUUCCCCAUAAAGCCCCAGUGCACUCUAACUGAUGUGAGAAGCGCUCACAGAAAGGCAGUAGGUUUGAUGUCAGAAUAUGAUGAAUCAGAAGAAUCUGGGUCUGAUGAUGAAGAUCAAUACCAAGAACUUUCAGACUUAACACCAGAUUCACCAGGACACACUGAAGAGGACGAAGAAGAGACUCGUAAUUUGAUGGAGUUUUCCUCGGAGGAUGAAGAUGACUGUGUGAUGAAAUGUGAUGAUGACCACGACAAGGACAGUCUGGAAAACCUCUGGAGACUAUUCAAGAAAGACAACUCUCAGUAUCUCAGUGAGUACUUGGACAUCUCCACUCUGGCCCACUUCCUCUCAUGCCUCUCUGAGAUGAACCAGCAACACGUGAUCAGGAACCUACCACCGAUUCUCCAGGAGGGAAAGCCCAAUCUCUUGCUUUGUCCCAGCGCAGAAGUUCUUACCAUCGUCCUGUCGCUCUACAUGAGAGUCCAGAGUUUCUCGCCGCUGCCUGCUGACGAGGUUCUGGUCUGCAGAGAGGAGACCACAGAGGAGGAGGUGGAGAUCUUCCUCCGCCGGGUGCUCGGCCAAGGCUCCAAACAAGGCUGUCAGAAGAUAUAUUGUCUUGCCAAUCCAGGGCUGCUGGGAUAUGAUGUGAGUGUGGCGUUGGGGGAGCUCUUUGACGCCCUGGAGAGAAGUGCCAGCCCACGUUAUCGUUUGGUAAUCGUCAGUCCUGUUGUGCACCAACACAGAUACGUGCCGUCUUUCUUCAGUAAUGACAAAGUACAGGCUGCUGUGAGUCCAACGUCACAUAAUACCAGGAAAUAUCUGCAUCACCACUUCACACAAAACGCACUCCCACAAAACCCUGUCGCACAGGUUUCUCCAGAUCAGCUGUCGGUCUGGAUGGUGUCAUCUCUGCGCCCUGCAGUUGGUAAAUCCCUGUAUGUGAAUCGCUUGUUUGAGAAGUUCCAGCAGAAAUCUUCUCAAACCAAACACAUCAGGAUCCGACUGAUUGAGCCGUGUGUCGAUAUCGACCUGUUGAUUAAGAGUCUAUCAGAGAAACUGGCCUCGCUGAGAGAGCAGGACCCCGUCCUUCUGCACAUCGACACCGCUGGAGUCGCCUCAGGCCUGAGGAGCUGCUUCUAUCUGCUGGUUCUGGGUUGUUUGAGUGAACUUCAUGGGAUGCUGUGGAGAAGGAAUGUAACUCACCUGAUCAUGGUUGAGGCCCUGAAGACGCCAACGCAAAGCCAGACUAAAGAGAUGAGCCUUGGACUUCUGGACGUUCUGCCAACCAUCCAUUGUCGGCCUCCAAGAGAGGUGACGCAGCUGCUGGCAAAACAGUGUUUUAAUGUUAAAGUGAAACACUUGAUCCACUCAUGGAUGAAACAGGAGUUUCUCAGUGAGGGGAUUCAAAGACCUUAUCAAUGAUUAAAACUUUACAACAACCAUCAGAACAUGGAUCGUAAGAUCACGCAGGAAGGAUCCAGACUGGGAAUCCGCUGAUUGUCUCAACACUUCCCGCCCACUGUGAAUGAAAGAUCCUUCUGGGCUGAGCUAAGAGCUUCUCCGUUCCUCAAUCAGCUAAAAGACUGUGAGAAUCCAUUUUCAGAUCCAGGGACUUCCUACACGCUGCCUGGUUUCAAGGGCUUCAUUGUGAAGUUCAUGAUUCUAAUGGCCAGAGAUUUUAUCGUACCUUCUGAACACAUCUGAUCAAAGCCCAGCUGCAAUACCGCUGAAAGCAGUCUGCACGACCUUCUUGUCCGUCUGACAAGAAGGUGGGAAAAUGAGUCUCAUCCAUACAUUUUCUUUAAUGCAGACAGAUUCUCGAUGUCUUUCCUGGGCUUUAAUGUGAAGAAGUGGCAAAACACACUCUGUGCAGUUGAUCCUCACAGCAACAAGGUCCUGAUACAAGAUGUGAUGUCACAAAAACUUUUUGAGGGUUUAGAGCGGCAACAGAUCUCUCUCACUGAGGACUUUGAUCGCUGCCCACAAAACAAACCAGAGGACCCUACACAUGUUGGUGCAAAGAAAGGAAUGACAGACCAAUUUGAUCCAGAUCCAACAUACCAGCUCACUGCUGACAAUGCAUGAAAGAUGUUGGCCAUAAAAUACAGAUUCAAGGAAUUUGCUGUCAACUUCCAGAAGAGGGGCCAGGUGUUCUGUGCCACUUUGAAAGACAGUGCUGCUGACACAGGCCAGAACUCCCACAGUGACUCAUUCAAGAAGCUUAAGCAAGUUCACAUGGUCUCCUUCCAAUGCAGUCCCCGACUGAGUCCAGAGGCUCAUCGAUAUCAGAACUGUGCCCGCCAGAAGGACAAAAACAUGGAGGAGUAUACCAGUGGUGUGCUGGAUGAGAUUGGACUUGCAGAAGAUUCCCUAGAUGCUCGAAGACCUCUCUAUCCUCUUUUGGAGGAUGGAUGACGACACCACAAACUAGAUCCACACAUGAAGUUGUGGUUUGUUGGUAUCUCCAACUGGGUUUCUCGACCAGCAAAGAUGAACAGAGGAAUAUUUGUGUCCAGAUGGGAUCCAUGAGGGAUGAACGGUGGAACCAAAGGAAUCUGUUCAUCCUCCACUCCAAUUCUUCUGAAAAUCACACACCUUCCAAAUCCCUUCACAUGUGCAUUCUUGAGCAUCUGCAAAGAGACCUCAAAGAAUCAGUUCUUUGUCCUAGACUAUUAUGUUCCUGGUCAGCAUGCUCUUGCCAGCCAACCCACACAACAGGAGCCGGAUGGUGACAGUUGGUGGAGGCCAUCUUGGUGUAACUUCAGUGGGCAGCUAGAGGGUUUGACCUGUGGUAUUUUUCCAAGAGGCCUUCCAAAACCCCAGAAAUCCCUUGUGACCUCAAGCACCUUGCAAAUGGUGAGAAAGAAUCUUGAUCAUGACACCGACUGGGAGAUGCUCUCUCUUCUGCUGACCACCAACAACGCAGCUCACAUCCUCCAGCAAGUCUUUGCCAAAGGAAACCUACACAGCCUGAAAUCAUCUUGCCUGUGUAGAUUUAUGGACCAGAAUAUGCCCAAAUCUGGCUUAAACAGCUACACGCUUUAUCCAGGUCUUGGUUCCUACAGAGUUAAAUGUCGGGUCCACACAAACUUCAGACUGGUGGCUGUGGAGGACCAGAAGAAGCCCACGAAGUUCUUUCCUGCGCUCAUCAACAGACUGGAAAAUACAAAGGAUCGGAGUACUGGAUCUGAACCAUGGCAACACAGGCUUCACAACUGGAAGGAAUGGGUGAAGGUAUCUUCGUGAGCCACAGAGGAUUUCAUGCUGUCUGACAUUUUUGUUGUUCAUGGCGACAAAGCCAAACGCUCUUUGCAGGCACUUGAACGAGAGCACACAGUAGAGACAGUCCAGGAAGAUUUGAUGAAAACAGACUCAUUGGAAGAAGACGAGCUAAAGGAAACCAUUGAGUCAAGUCCUAAUGGACUGAUAGAGGCAGCCGAUGAUGCAACUGAGGCAAUGGACACUGAAGCUACUGGGAAAGAGCAAGAAGCUGAGUUCGUGGAACAGAAUGAUGAUGAAUCCACUGAGAUGUGCCAAGAUGAGACCAAAGAGAUGUCUAAGGAGGAAGAAAUGAUGGAGUCAGAAAACAGUGCUAGUCUAAGGUUGAUGAUGAAGAGAAACUUUCGUAUUUAGCACCUCCUCUUGUUGAACUGCGCCACUCCUGAUGCUGUGGUGAGGCCUGGGCAUUCCCGACUUAGCAAAGCAUUCCAGAGGGAGAAACUCCAGAGGAUGUACUUCCAGCAAACAACAUCAUCACUCACCCGAGACUUCCUGAAAGGUUGCCUGAGCCGACCCAGCGAUCCACCAGACACACCCUGUGGCGCUGUCUUCUGGGUCCACUGUGAUUCCCAUCCUGGCCAUAUGUUAGAGGCGAAGGACAGAUAUUCAAUCUGCACCUGCUCUCUGACCCAACACUCGACCUCCCGCCUGACCACACUGUGGUUGGACAUCCUGACGCAGCUUCAGAUCUUAGACCUAACACCUCCUAAAAAACAAGGUAUGUCCAAACCCUCCACGGGUCACCAGGUGUUGGCUCAGAGCUACGUUGGGUUGCGUGUCCAAGCUUCAGACGCCCACGGGCCCCAUCCCCUGACCUCUCCUGCCUGGAUAAUGGCGGCUGCCAAACAUUUUGCCUCCAGACUGGACACACUCUGCCACAUAUUCCUGCUGCAGCCACACCUAGCUGCCGAUGUCUUCUCAGCAGGGGUCAAAGAAGGAGCCCCAAGAAAUGAAUCUGUCCUCAGGUUGCUGUGGCAUGGGAUGCUGGUUGUUGCAUCUUUCAUCCAACACGUCGUUUUUGAAGUAGAGCAGGAAGACUUUCGACUGAAAGCACUGGCUCUCAAACACUGCAACCUUCACCUGAACCUGAUGCAGGAGUCACCUGACAUGAGGAGCGUGGACACGUUGCAGAAGCUGAUCCGGAUCCUCAACUCCUUCCACAACGAGUGCAUCAGCAGAGAUCUGAGGUUUGGCAUUUCCUGCCCAGUUUGCUUGCUGGAGCUCAGCGAGCCGUCAGCUCUGCCCUGCCUGCACGUCCUCUGCCUGCCGUGUCUCCAGCGCUGGAUUAAGCCGGACAGACGUUCGUGCCCUAAAUGCAGAGCAGACGUUCCCCCCGACUUCAAGCCGACUGUUUCUGACACCAUCAAAGCCGCUCUCCAGCAGCACAGAACGAUCAGGAACUGCUGUAACUCCUUCUUCCUGGAGGUGGUGUCCAGGUUCUGUCUGUCAGAGGGGCAGCAGCCUGGAGACGGGGUGGUGGAGCUCCUCUUCUCCUUAGUGGUUUCUGCUAAUGGAGACGUGUACAGGACCAGAGAGCUCAGUCCCUUCCUGGAGUGUGUGGACAACUCUCCGGUGGUUCGAUCCGUUCUCCCCAAGCUGCUGCUGCAGUACAGCUUUGAUCAGGUAAAGACUCACAUCGAACUCUACCUGAAGAAUCUGGAGGAGAAACUUCUGGACAGAGAAGACCGCACAGAACUCUACCUGCUGUUUGUCAACUGUUUCCAGGACUCUCUGUUGUGCUCGGAGGCGAGAGAAGUAGACGAGAGCGGAGAACGACAGAUGCGAGCAGAAAUCCGAUUCCUGAGCCGGUUGGCCAGGAAACAGGCUGCAGCCAGAGAAGCACAGCCGGCAGAGUUCCUGCUGGACAUGGCCAGACUGAGAAUAUGUCUGAGCUCGGCUGCACAGCUCCUGGAGAAGAUCCCAGUUCAGGGUGAGUGGAGCUGAAUGAACUUCAUGAUGAAGGAUCAGUACCUGCAGCAGGUGAGAGCGGUGUGUGAGUACUGUGCCAAUGACUGGUUCAGGGUUUACCUGCUGCGAGCGCUGCACCGACUCUCUGGGAUCGACUGCAUCCUGUCCCUGAUGAACAGACCCACCUGGGGAUGGUUGUUCCCCGCAGAGUUCCCUCUGCAGCAGGUACAGGUGGUGACCACCGUGGACCCCUUCCUGUGCUGUGCGACGUCUUACAGAGCGUUGAGAGACGCCGUGACUCAGGUUCUGCUGCAAAACAAAGCCGACAACUUCCUGACACAACUAAAGAAGCUGAGAGGUUCUCAGAUCAGACUCGUGGCUCUCGCCUUGUUCAGAAACGUCACCUCCCGCUACAGAUCAUCUGACGUCAGCUCACAGCCCUCAGCACAGGAGAGACUAGCGCCGCUCCUCAUAAACAUCCAGUCGAUGGAGUUCAGGUUGUUCUGCUCGUCACUGCUGCAGAAUCAGAUCGGGGGACCGGGCUCACGUCUCCGCGUCAGCGACAAUCUCUCUCCUCAGAGACAGACCGUCCUGGAGCUGCUGGUGCAUCUGUCCUCUGUGCUGCUCAGUGGAAAUAAGUUACUGGCUCCUCUCCACCAGAUCGCCUUCCAGCCGCAGAACGCGACAAACUAUUUUCUGCCGACGAUGCCUGACGAUCGCUCGUCUGAAGCCCGACAGUGGCUGGCAGGAGAGAAGCUGCUGUUGUACACCUGUGCCAACGGACACGUUUGCUUCGUGGCAGGGUGCGGGAAACCGGUGGUUUUAUCCAAAUGCCCCGACUGUGGACUUCCCAUCGGUGGAGAAAGACAUGUCCCAGUCGAAGGCUUCACGCAACAGGCAAAUGGGAGAGAUCAGACUCGGACGGGACACGUGUUAGGAGAAGCUGCUCGCAGGUCUGAAGCCCCUGAGAGACAGAUGACGUCCGCUCAGUCCUGCAUCCUGCGGCUGCUCACGCACCUCGCCAUGCUUCAAGGAGCCACAAGAAACCAGAGAGGAGUCGAGGACAUGAUCCAGCCCAGGCCGACGGAUGUUUUCAGCUUCCUGUGGCAGCACCUUCUGAAGGACAUGAGCGUGCUGGGUCGCAGUCUGGAUCUGAACUUGGACGACACAGCGGUGACAGUUCAUCUGGUUCUCAGCGUCUGCACAGAGGUCCUUUCAGGUUCCCGCGGUCCGACGCCUGAUCUGUCCUCCAAACAAGAACGGCAGCGGUGGGAGAAGGUUGUCCGUGACGCUGCCAUCAACCCAGUGCUUCAAGAUUUGCAGAAGAGUCUGUCUGAAGCUCAGGACAGAAUCGGUGAUGACGAUGGACUUGCUGGAAGCUCCCUGAUGAAGCUGGUCUUCGGGGAUCCUGGCAACAUGUUGUCGCUCCCCUCCGACUGCCCGACACAUCGCUCGUCCUUCUGGACUCUUCCUGAGAUCAUGACAGUGGAGAGAUUCUCUCAGUUGGUGGGGGAGGCGAAGGAACGCAGCUCUUUACCUCUGCUGCUCGAGUUCCUCAACAAGAUAAACUGUGUGAGACAGUUGCACCACCUCCCUGAGCUGGUUGUGUUACAGUCAGACCUGCUGCGGGUGUUUCCUCUGACGUCUGCAGCUCAGACUAUUGAUCAGAUGUUCCAGCAGAUGCCAGCAGGAUACCAGAAGAGGAAGCUGCAGGAGAGAGUGACGACAUUCAUCAAAGUGUGGAACUGCCUCCGGGCGGAGGUGGCAAACAGCUCAGCAGACUUGGGUGUGGACGUGAAGUUGUGUGAGAGAGAGGUGACAACCAAGAGCUCCGGGGAGUUUCUGACGCCGUCCCGACACGGACCGGGGUCGUGUCUCCGGACGCUUGUGGACUUCCUGUCGGAGACUCACAACAGCCUGGUGAGAGAGGCCAGGAGAGCGAGCCGCCAAGAGGACAGUGAGUACAUUGUUAUGUUGGAGAGGAUUUCCGAGACCCAGCUGACUCUGUGCAACCCAGAGAGAGAGCUGCUGCCUCUGGUCUUAGCUCACUGUCACUACACCUUGAAGAAAGGCCGGGAGACGGACAGAAGCUACGAUCUGAUGGGGAUCCAAACGCAGCUCGCCCGCCGCUUCCUGGCUGGAAAACCUCUUAUCAAAGCGGACACGUCGAGGUACCUGAACAGACACCUGCAGGAUUUCUCUGUGGUUCUAUCCGAGGUCAGAGGAAAGGUUUGUCAGGAACCGCUGAAGGGUUCUGUGUGCAGCACCAUGAGGACGGUGCUGCGCUCGUACACAGAUGUUUGUGACGCCGUGUACGUGGUGGAGAUCGGCCUUCGCUUCCUUGGCAAGAUGGUCGUUGAUCCUCAGUGUCAACUUUCAUCCUACCUCACUGAUUCUUUGCAGAUGCGCCGACAGAUUUCCAGCACUGUAGCCAAGGGUCUUGGAGAAUGCAAACUGGAACACAGCAUAUUCACCUGGCAGCUCCUGACUUGUUGGAAAUCCGAGCUCAUGCUGAACAGAAAACAAGACCCGUUUCAGAAACUGCCCCCAAAGUUCCAGCAGAAGCUGUCCGAGGACGAGAGGAAAGGGCUGAAGGUUUUCCUCGCUGUCACAGACGUCGACACGUUUUCUUUGGAGCUUCAUGAGAUUCUGCUGCUGAAGACGAGCGAUGCCGUAACUGACCAGGGUUACCAGCCAAACUGGGACAUCAGGUCCACCAUGGAGAGCCAUUUGGAGGAGAAGCACCUUCCACCUCUGCUGGAGCUCGAGUCUCUACCGGAGGAGAUCACUCUGGCACAGGGGGCUGACGUGUGGAGGGCGGCUGUGGAGUUUAAAAGAAGAUAGAUGCUGAUUUUUACAGAGAUCUGAGUUAUUUCUGAUUGUUUGUUGUAACUGUGAGAUAAGAGAAUAUCUAAAUUCAAAUAAGAUCAUAAAUUCAUACAUUGGAAGAACGACCAAAACAGGCAUUCAAGGCAACACUGACCACAGAGAUAAAGACACAAAUAUAAUAAUAAUAAACAUGCAGAGAGACACAAUAGUCUUAUAUUAAGUUGUAGAGCCACAUAAGUCAGGGGCCGUUAACCAGUCUGUGUUUUUAUAAUGCAUUAAUCAUUCUAUAUAUGGGGACACAUUCUGAAUAAUUGUUAUUUGUCUGACGUAGAUAUUCAAAGUGUUGGAGAUGUGAGGCCUUGUUUCUUUUUGUUAAAGUGUUCUUCGUGUUUUAUCAGGUUCAUUGUGUGACUGAGGUUUGAGGGAACAUUUAAUAAAUCAUCUAUAAACGA